AUGGUGCUUGAAGCUACAAUAAUCGUUAUCGACAACUCAGAGUACAUGCGCAAUGGGGACUACCUCACAUCGCGGUACCAGGCACAAUUGGAUACUGUUGAGCUCAUAUUCCGAAGGAAAACACAGGCCAAUCCCGAAAGUAUGGUUGGUUUGCUUACAAUGGCGGGCGAAUCGACAAGAGUGGUGAGCAACUUGACCACGGACUACGGCGAGUUGCUCAGCGGGGUCCACGAGGCGAAGAUCGACGGCCAGGCAAACCUUAUAAAUGGGAUUGAGGUGGCAUGUUUGGCUCUAAAAAACAGACAGAACAAAAAUCAAAGGCAGCGUGUUGUUGUGUUUGUGGGCUCUCCAAUCACAGCAGACGAUUCUGCACUCGAUGCUCUGGCCAGGAAGUUGAAGAAUGCCAGUGUGGCCGUUGAUUUCAUCAAUUUCGGUGAGGAACAACUCAAUACUGCCAAAUUGGAGAGGUUUGUGAGCAUUGCAAACGUGAAUAGCUCAUCUCAUCUCGUCACAGUUCCUCCCGGCCCUUAUCUCUUGUACGACCAGGUCGAGAGAUCGCCUAUCUUGCGUGAUCAGGACUCGUCUGCCGCCGGAAAUGCCUCGGAAUCUUCCCAAAACGGACCCGGAGGUGCCUCUUCAGGCGGUGCAGCCGACGAUUUCGGUCUUGAUGAUCCAAAUAUGGACCCGGAGUUGGCCUUGGCAAUCAGGUUGUCGCUCGAGGAGGAACGGGCAAGGCAGCAGCAGGCUUCAAGUGGUGCAGAGAAGGCUUCAGGUAAGGAGAAGUUGGCUACUGUGGAUGAAAAAGACGAUAAGAGCGGAAAAGAUGAGAAGGAUGAUGAUAAAAUGGAUGAGAGCAAGUAA